AUUGAAGCUCAUGGCUUCCCAUGAUUACUCGUUCAAAACAGAGCUUGUGGUUGUCUGCUUCUUUAUCAUCAAUUCAAUCAAACUUUCUGUUGUGAAAUUUUCCAUCUCCAAUUCCAAAAAUGUCGACGCGCUGCGGUGGUAAAUGUGGUUGCGGGCCCAGCUGCAGCUGCGCAAGUGACUGCAACGGGUGUGAGAUGCCUCCUGAUCUGAGCCACAAGGAGGGGUCCACCACUGAGACCCUCGUCACGGAAGUUGCUCCCCAGAAGUCUCACCCGGAGGCAUCUGAGAUGGGAGUUGCUGCCAAGAGCGGAUGCAAGUGCGGAGACAACUGCGCCUGCAACCCCUGCAACUGCAAGUGAGGGACAGAUGCCACCUUCUGAUGAAGCAAGAGAAUCGUGGGGCUUAUAUGUUUAGCAGUAAUAUAUAUGUACGUGUGUGUCGUAAUUAUGAUCCAACUUUACCAAGGUCGUGUUUUUAGAAUAAAGCAGCCAUGGCUUCUUCUGAGGUGCAGGUCCUACUGGGCUGGGAUCUGGUGAGGGCGAUCCUAGGUUAAUUAUGGCUUCUUGUUGUCUGUUUGCUUUGUACAUAAAGUAGUAGUGUUGAUAUUUAUAUGCUGUGUUGGCUUGGUGGAUCAUAUUAUGUGUUUCUGAUGAAAUUAAUGAAAAACUUGCUCCAUCUUUUACUUUAA